AUGGAGGCCAUCAAGAACACUGUCUCCAACCUGGUUGGGACAUCCACAGACGCCGCUGGGAAAGGCACUGUGCUUGUGACCGGCGCAUCAGGCUUCCUAGCGACACACGUCGUGAAGAACUUCCUUGACCACGGCUAUCACGUACGCGGAACCGUGCGGUCCGAAGAGACAGCCAACAGAGUGCGACAAACGCACAGCCAGCAUAGCGACCGGCUCAGCUUUGCCAUCGUGGAGGAUGUCGCAGCACCGGGCGCCUUCGAUGAAGCAGUCAAGGGCGUCGACGGAGUGAUCCACACCGCAUCCCCGUUCGUCACGACCGUCGAAGAUGUUGAAAAGGAUCUUCUGCAACCGGCCAUCCAGGGGACCACCAACAUUCUCGAAGCCAUCGCCAAAUACAACCCGAACGUCAAGCGCGUGGUCAUCACGUCAUCCUUUGCCAGCAUUAUCGACAUGACCAAGGGCACCCGGCCCGGCCACACGUACACCGAAGAAGACUGGAACAAUAUGACGUACCAGCAAGCCAAGGAAAGCGGCAACGGCACCGUGGGCUAUUGCGCAUCGAAAGCGCUGGCGGAGAAAGCGGCCUGGGACUUUGUCAAAGAGCGCAAACCCAACUUCAGCCUCGCCACCGUCUGUCCGCCUAUGGUCUACGGCCCCAUUCUGCACCACGUUCCCAGCCUCGACAAGCUGAACACCAGCUCGGCAGACGUCUACCGACUGAUGAACGGUUCCCUGAAGGAGGUGCCUCCGACAACCUUCUACGCAUGGGCCGAUGUCCGCGACGUCGCGGAGGCCCAUCGCUUGGCGUACGAGAAGCCCGAGGCCGCGGGCCAACGCUUCUUCAUCACCGGAGGUAACUUCGUAUAUCAGCAGUUCUGCGACAUCAUCCGCAAGAAUGUGCCCGAGGUCAGGGACCGCACUCCCGUGGGCAAGCCCGGCACUGGCGUCGGCGACGACGUGUAUAGGGUCAAUGGAAGCAAGGCCGAGAGGGUGCUCGGCUUGAAGUACACCAGCAUGGAACAGUGUGUCACCGACACGGCCAGGUCAUUGCUCGAGUUGGAGAAGAGCACAGGCAAAGCCUAA